CUUGGGAAGGGGCAGUACCACCAGGGACAGGGCCAACUUGAAGAGGCAUCUCUUUGGAGGUUGCUGUGCACUGAUGAUGGGCAUGCUCAUGGCCUUGUCUCAGUGUCUCAUGUGCUGGGUGUGUCCCCUUCUGUGGCAGGAGUUCCUUCAAAGGCAACACUCUGGUGCCGAGUCAGAUUCAGCAAGUGGGCUGGGAGGGUUAAAAGUGUGCAGACACCUCAGUGCUUGGCUUGUGACUGAAGCAUCUGAAUGGGACUGUCCUCUGUCAGGUGUCCUGUAGUCGAGUCAUGACUGUGAUUUGGCCCUUUGUUUGCUUAUUAAUUCAACAGACAUUGACCUCGUUUCUGUGUGCCAGGCCUGGGUUUGACCUUAAUGUAGGUCAAACCACAUGUGAGGUGGUGCGAACUGGUGGGCUUUAUGGAAGCAGAGGGAACACCUCCCUAUCUCUUUGUAUAAACAGUGGGGUAUCUGGAGUAGACCCUCAGGUUCAGUCCCCAACAGUCACCAGCUGGGCAGCCUUGAAUCUCAAGUUGUUUUUCUAGAGUGGAAGUAGUCAUCUCCAUUUCCCCAGGGGGCUGUCUGCUUGGUGACCUCCACAGUGAGAUACCUGGAGUGUAGUAGGGACUUAGCAGAGGAGCAGGCAGGUCAGUCCAGAUGGUGAGGGCCUCAGGUGCUGUGACCCUAAAGCCCCUCAGAGAAGUUCCACCCUGGGCGCCUUCACCAGAGCAGGGAGGUGUUGCCUGUGGGAACCAAGGAAGCACCAAGCCAGAGUGAGAAAAUAGUGGUUAUGGGUCAGGGUGCCCUCUCUUCUGUGUUUGCCAAGGGCCGGCCUCUUAGCCAGAACCUUGUGGGCACCAGCAUCUCUUCUCCCUCUGCUGUAGUCUUCAUUGGGUCAGCCCGUUUUACAGAUGAGAGAACAGACCCAGAUGUCCCUGAGGUGCCAAGGGCACAUGCAAACCCCAUAAAACCACUAUCCCUAAACUGCGUUGGACAAAUCCUUCUGUCUUCCGACCAUUCUGGGGUACAGUAGCCUCAGUGGAUUCCUGCAGCCUGUGUACAGUCAGGGCCCACCCCUGUCUAAUGCUGCUCUCCUUGAGGUAGGCCCUGCUUCUGCAGACCUCCAGAGGAUGGGGGCUUGCACCUUGGGCCCCUGAGAGUGUUCUUGGCUCCUCAGAGGGCCGGGGAAGGCACCUCUGGUUCUUAUGCCACACUUGGGUAGAUUUGGCCUGGGGCUGGAGGCCCUCCCAAAUCCCACUGACCACAGGCUUAUUACAGAUGAGGACGAUGUGCACAGAUGUGGCCGCUGCCAGGCAGAGUUCACUGCCCUGGAGGACUUUGUUCAACACAAGCUCCAGAAGGUCUGCCAGCGGACUCCCCAGGAGGCCCUGCCUGCCACCCCUGCGGCUGCUGCGCUGCUGGGCCAGGAGGUGGUCCCGGCGGUGGCAAGUCCGGAGGAGCCUAUCACUUUGGCCCACAUUGUUGUGGAGGCAGCUGCUCUGACACCAGACAUCAGCCACACGCCUGAUAUUGUUGGCAGUGGACACAUCAAAGAGGUCAUUGUAGCUGCUGAGGUGGAUCCAGGUGACAGUGAGAUGGCAGAGGCCUCGGACAGCCCUGACCAUCAGGAGCCCAGGCUGGCUGGGCAUGGUGAACAGGCCCAGGUCAAGUUGUUGGUGAAUGAGGACGGCCGCUACGUGUGUGCAUUGUGUCACAAGACCUUCAAGACGGGUAGCAUCCUCAAGGCCCACAUGGUCACCCACAGCAGUCGUAAGGACCAUGAGUGCAAGUUGUGUGGGGCCUCCUUCCGGACCAAGGGCUCACUCAUCCGGCACCACCGGCGGCACACAGAUGAGCGUCCCUAUAAGUGUGCCAAGUGUGGAAAGAGCUUUCGGGAGUCAGGUGCGCUGACCCGGCACCUCAAGUCUCUCACCCCAUGCACUGAAAAAAUCCGAUUUAGCAUGAGCAAGGAUGUCGUUGUUGGCAAAGAGGAUGCACCUGCAGGGUCUGGUGCCUCCACUAUGGGGACUGUUACAUCAUCUUCGGUGAUAGGCGAGCCCAUGGAGACAUCGCCAGUGAUUCAUCUGGUGACAGAUGCCAAGGGCACUGUCAUCCACGAAGUCCAUGUCCAGAUGCAAGAGUUUCCCCUGGGCAUGAAAGCCCUAGCCCCAGAGCCCCCAGCUCCCAAGGAGCUUUCCUGUACCAGUGAGGAUAGUCGGGAGAACCUGCUGCACCAGGCCAUGCAGAACUCUGGCAUUGUUCUUGAGCGGGUCACUGGGGAGGAGGGGGCCCUGGAGCCAGUCCCUCCUACUGCAUCCAGUCCUCAGCACCUGGGUGAUGGUCCCCCGGAACUGCCGCUGCUGGAGGUGGAGCAGGUGGAGACACAGGUGGCCAAUGAGGACUCAGCUGUACCCAGGACCCACCUUUGCCCUCGGUGCAGUGAAACCUUUCCAACAGCAGCCACCCUAGAGGCCCACAAAAGGAGCCAUGCAGGGCCGAAGCUGUUCACGUGUGUGCAGUGUGGCAAGGCCUUCCCCAAGGCCUAUUUGCUCAAGAAGCACCAGGAGGCCCACGUGCAUGAGCGCCGUUUCCGCUGUGGGGACUGCGGGAAACUCUACAAGACCAUUGCUCAUGUUCGUGGCCACCGGCGAGUCCAUUCAGAUGAGCGGCCUUACCCUUGUCCUGAGUGUGGCAAGCGCUAUAAGACCAAGAAUGCCCAGCAGGUGCACUUCCGGACACACCUGGAGGAGAAGCCACACGUGUGUCCAUUUUGCAGCCGAGGCUUCCGGGAGAAGGGCUCGCUGGUGCGGCAUGUUCGGCACCACACUGGCGAGAAGCCCUUCAAAUGCUACAAGUGUGGCCGUGGCUUUGCUGAGCAUGGCACGCUUAACCGGCACCUGCGCACCAAAGGGGGCUGCCUGCUGGAGGUGGAGGAGCUGCUGGUGUCCGAGGAGAGCUCCACAACAGCUGCCACUGUCCUUGAUGAAGACCCACACACUGUGUUGGUUGAGUUCUCAUCUGUGGUGGCUGACACCCAGGAGUACAUCAUUGAGGCCACCUCAGAUGAUGCGGAGACGAGUGAAGCUACAGAGAUCAUCGAGGGCACCCAGACAGAGGUGGACAGCCAUAUCAUGAAGGUGGUGCAGCAGAUUGUACACCAGGCCAGCGCUGGGCACCAAAUCAUUGUGCAGAAUGUGACCAUGGACCAGGAAGCGGGGCUGGGUCCAGAAGCAGCUGCUGCAGACACCAUUACCAUUGCCACCCCUGAGAGCCUGACAGAGCAAGUGGCCAUGACACUGGCUUCAGCCAUCAGCGAGGGCACUGUGCUUACUGCCCGCGCAGGCGCAAAUGGUGCUGAGCAGGCUACUGUGACCAUGGUUUCAUCGGAGGACAUUGAGAUCCUGGAGCAUGCGGGCGAGCUGGUCAUUGCCUCCCCAGAGGGCCAGCUUGAGGUGCAGACUGUCAUUGUUUAGCAUGGGCACCUGUAGGGGUCCCACUGGACUGGGCUGGGUCAAGAGCAAGGACCCUGAGUGCCCUACACACUCCUACCUGGCCUAGUAUGGGAAAGACAGGGCUCAUAAUUCAGAUGUUCAGACACAUGGGAGUGUAAAUAGUUUUUUGUUGCUUUACAAUAAAACAUGAAAACCCACCUCUUGUGAUGUUGCGGCAGUGGCAGCCCUGGC